UAUUGACCGUUGGAUUAUAACGGACGGUAGAGAUCAAUGAGGAGAGUUUUGAAGCAGGAGGGAUCAUGAUGGUGUGGUUUGCAGGGAACAUAUGCAUAUGAGAGUGUCUAAGCAAAUGAUCAUCAUCACCACAAGCCUCCAUAGACUCCCUUUAUAUUGGCCACCAUCAAACACCAUCAACACCUUGUCGGCCUCUUCAACCUCUGAAUCUCUCUCUCUCUACCUCACUUUCUUGAUCAAGAAACAAGAAAUCUCCAUUUCCAGGUCCUGAGUUUUUCUCUCUUUCUUUCUUCCUUUAAAGCAUGAAACGCCAAGAACUCAUCGCCCUUCAAAGAAACAGUAGCUGUAGCAGAAGCACAAGAAAGAUCAUCCCUUCAAACCACAUGAGAUCAACACCUCCCAUACCUGAACAGGAAGACGUCUCCGAUAAACUUCUCAUUCGCAGAGACUCACCGGUACAGCGACUCAACAAAAUCCAUUCAAGAUUCUCUUCCCUGCUUCGUUCUAUCUUCAAGAUGGUUUCUUUUCCCAAUAUAAUUAUCCCUAACUGUAAAUGGCUUUCCCUACCUACUCACCUCUCAAUCACACCAUCUCUUGGCCGGAAAGUCACUGGUACACUUUUCGGUCACCGCCGUGGACCUGUCUGCUUCGCAGUCCAGGACGAUCCCAAGUCUGAACCGGUGUUGUUACUAGAACUAGCCAUGUCAACGUCCAUGUUAGUGAAAGAGAUGUCGUCAGGUCUGGUUCGGAUCGCGCUGGAGUGCGACAAGGUACAGGUUCAGGUUCCGGGUGGAGGUACCAGGUCAGGGAAGCUAUUUAACGAGCCAAUGUGGACUAUGUACUGUAAUGGGAGGAAGUGUGGAUAUGCAACGUCGCGCACGUGCACAGGCCUUGAUUGGCACGUGCUAAGCACCGUUCAGAGCGUUUCCGUUGGAGCUGGGGUUAUUCCGAUGAUGGAAGAUGGCCGGAAGAGUGGCGGUUCAGAGGGUGAAUUGCUGUAUAUGAGAGCAAAGUUUGAGCGAGUUGUAGGUAGCCGUGACUCGGAGGCAUUUUACAUGAUGAACCCAGACGGAAAUGGAGGGCCUGAACUCAGUAUAUUUCUUCUGAGAAUAUGAAAAAGGAGACGAAAAAAAAAAUACACACUAUAAGAAGAAAGACUUUGUUGUUGGGAUUUAUCUUUUAGGUAAUUAAUGUAAGGUGGAGAUGUUUGUUUAAUUAAAUCAGUGACAUGUACGAUGUAUUUAUAAUUUUCUUUCUAAUUUUUGUAUAUCUUUUAUUAAA